AUGCAAUUUGUAGAACAGUAUAAAGACCAAUUAAUUCAGUGGAUAGAAUUAAAUAAUUAUAAACAAAUAUAUAAUAGUUUUACUGAUGGAUAUACAACAAAAAGUGUUAAUGAACAUAUUACUGGUCAUGAACAUGUCAUGUUAAUUAUUGAAACAACAAAUGGAUUUGUGUUUGGUAGUUAUAAUGGAAAACGAAUACCUUUAAAAACUGAAGCUAAAAUUAUUCCAACUGGUUAUUUUGUUGAAUGUGAUGAAGAUUAUUUCUUAUUUUCAUUAAAAAAUCCAACAAAUAAAGCACCUUUGUUAUGGAAUUCACAUACACAUUCAAAAAGUUUAUCUAUUCAUCCUGAUCAACCUAGAGAUCAUUGUAUUAUUGGUACUGUAUGUGGUUAUUGGUUAUAUGAAGAUCGUGCAUUUAUUUCUGAUUGGUUUCAUUCUAAUUAUCAAACAUUAGAUGGUCUUUUACCUGAUAAUAAAAUUUUCACUGGAAAUUGUUAUCCACAGACUUUCCAAGUAAAACAAUUAAUUGGGUUAGAAUGGUUCUAA